GACUUAGGGACCUGGAGGAGAGGAAGCUUGAGAGACGAGUGAUGUUUGGGAGCAUCAGGGCAGGCGGCCUCCCUGUACCCCGCCCACCCUGUUAGCAGCGGCCACAAAAUGUGACUCCUCAAUGCCUGGUCUUUAGAUCCUAUGGAAUGAACAACAUGCGGAUGGUAUGGACAAUGGGAUCGCUGUAGGAGGGCAUAACGUCACGUGCAGCGACAGAAGCCAUCUGUGUGCAUGUGUGCGUCCAUGCACGUGAUAGUACAGUGUUUGGGAAUCAUCUACCUGUGUGUGUGUGAGUGUGUGGGAACAGCUUGAGGAUGCGACGCUGCCUCACCUUUGCAACGGGCCUGGUGGAGUGUCUGUGUUUCGCCGGAGCCGUGUUUGGAUGGGCUUCGCUUGUUUUCGUCCUGAAGACAGAGGGCUACUUCAGUUCUCUGUGCGUCAACGCCACAGAAGUCAAUGCCACACAUGUCUUAGAUUGCAGUGGGCAGGAUGAACAGUUCUCGCUUGUUUUCACCAUCGCCUCCUUCAUGAACAAUUUCCUGACCCUGCCCAGUGGUUUCCUAUUUGACCGGUGUGGUACCACAGUGGCUCGGCUCUUUGGAAUAUUUCUUUAUACCAUGGGUACCUUGAUGGUGGCUUUCACAACUUCAGCCUUGUCCAAUCUGCUCUUCCCAGCUAUUGCCUUUCUGGCAGUAGGUGGCAUCUUGCUUCUAAUGACCAACAUGCAGGUAGGAAAUCUGUUUGGCUCUCACCGCUCCACCAUCAUCACCCUUUACAAUGGUGCCUUCGACUCAUCCUCAGCACUCUUCCUCGUCAUCAAGUUGUUGCAUGAGUCUGGCGUCGCUCUCCGCACGUCCUUCCUCUUUCUGUCCUCCUGCUCCGUCAUUCACCUGUUGAGGACUUUCUUCCUGCUGCCCAGAAAAUUCAUUCCCCACCCACUGCCUGACGGCUAUACAUACGGGUUAACUUGUGGUCAGUCUAAGGCUCAGAUCUCAGAGCAGACAACAGGAAAUGGUAACCCCCAGGGGACAAUAGAGGAAACGCCACUCAACAAGGAUGUCCUUGAGAAAGAAGAGAAGGGAUUCCUCAAGUGUUUUCUGUCCAGGUUCUUUUUCUGGCAUCUUCUUUGGCUGUCGGUGAUGCAGCUCAGACAUUACCUCUUCAUCGGCACCCUCAACCCCAUGCUGCAGCGGCUGGCAGAGGGAGAGCCUUCACUGGUGAGCCGGUACACCAAUGCCUUUGCGAUAACGCAGCUGUGUGGUGUGCUCUGUGCUCCCUGGAACGGUCUCAUCAUGGACAGACACAAGGGCAAACCUCGUGAAGCAGGAGAGAGCGAACAGGAGUCGGACCUGCGGGCCUCGGUGCUCUCCCUCUUCCUGACGGCUCUGCAGUGUCUGCUGUUCUCAGUUUGUGCCUCCACCCCGUACCUGCAGCUUCAGUACCUCACUUUCAUCCUGCAGGUGAUCAACCGCUCCUUCCUGUACGGCGGCAACGCAGCCUUCAUCAGCGUGGCGUUCCCAUCAUGCCACUUUGGGAAGCUGUAUGGUAUGAUCAUGGCUCUGUCUGCAGUGUUUUCUCUGCUGCAGUAUCCCUGCCUUGCCCUGGUGAAAGCUCUGGAUGGAGACCCUUUAUAUGUGAACAUCGGCCUGACGGUGCUCAGCCUCCUCGCCUUCGUCCACCCGCUCUCCGUCUACCUGCACUGUCGAAGUCUUGCCUCCCAGCGAACCAAGAGCAAAGCCUCCUCUUAGAGACCGUAAACUGAGAGCACCAACUUGCACUAAAAAUAUCCUUCAUUUCCCUGCAAUGCUGUUACCUCUGUGUUUGUUUGGUAAAUAUGGAUUGUAUGGUUGUGUGGUAUGGCCACAUGUAUCCUACUUGGAAAGCAACAUCAAGUGCUUGUAUUAAGAGGUGUGUGCCAUAGCACAGUCGCCACAUUCUUUGAGCAUGUCGGCAACCAAAUGGAAUGUAUCCGUAAUGAUUAAGGCAAGACACUACAGGUGCAUAAAAAAAAUAUGUUGUGCCUGUAGUGUCUGGCCUUAAGAGCUUGUUGUGUGCAGCAUGCCUUUGUUGACCAUCGCACAUAACCUUUUACCUCAUGUGAGAUUUCCAGGAUACAUCAUUUUAUUUUCACAGGGUGAUCUGAUGCAUGAAUUAGAUUUUUUUACACUGAUUUUUAAAGUUGUAGAGUGAUGCUGUGCCGUUACCUUAAGUAUCUCAGUUCAUCCAGUUACAAUCAGUGUACUUCUUUGGGGAAGCCAGCUUAGCUUUGUCUGUUUUUUGUUUAGUGUUAGCUGCACUAAUUCUACAUUUCCAUGACUGUGACACAUGUUAGAAUAUUUGUAUAAUGCAAGCUCAUGUAUUCCUGCUUCUUUUUUUGUAUUCUGUGUAACUCUAGCCAUCUAUCAAAUGGGAUUGAAAGUGCCAAAAGAUAAUGCACUUUAUUGUGAAAAAUUGAAAACAUUCUAGAUAUUGCUGAUGUUAGUGCAGACUUCUUCGAGUUAACUCUCGUAAUGUUGAGUGUAUUGACUGCAUGAGGGACAGUCAGUUUGUAUUGUUUUACUUGCACCAAUCAGUGAUGUGUAUUGUGACAAAAUAUGAACUCUGGUUCAUCCUUUGGUAUAAAAGCUGCUGUUACUUUACCAAGGGAGUACUUUUUAGAUGCAUUGAAUGGAGCAGGAAGCACAGUGCUGCCACCUGCUGGCCUCUAUUGUACCACUUAUGUGCUAAACAUUACAAAUGAUUUCCUUUUAUGUGUAACAUAUGAAGUCUCAGGAGUUUGGUGUGUUUGUGUAAUGCAGAAUUUGAAUUUUUAAUUUGGUGCAUAAAAGUUUAUAAAGGGAAAGUUAUACUCUUUUUUUAUUUUAUUAUUUUUUACCAGUAUGUUUGAAGCUUAAGACAAGACUUAAGCGGCGGUAAUGAACUCUUACUAUAAAUAUGCAAAAUACAGACAUUGUUUUGAUAUGUAGUAAAAUGCAUUAUUGCUUUUUGAUAUUUACAUUUGCUCAAGUACUUCUAAAUCUUUCAGUUUUCGACUAAUGUGAAAAAAGUAUGCACAUGCAGACAACUGGCUAAUACAGAUGGUGUAGAAAAUGCAAUUGCGAUCUAAGAUAUUUUUUAAAAGACCAUAAAUUAAACAACUGCAGAAACUAUUUGUUGUCCAAAUUGAAAACAUUAAAUUGUAUUGAAAUAAACAUUAACAUGAUAUUGAAAGACU